GACGAAUGAGACCCCCACUUCCUGGUUGCAUGCGCAAUGAGGGCGCUCUAUAUGAAGCGGCGGCGUUGGAGCCGGAGGAGGAGGAGAGAGAGAGAGUCGGUUGGGGAGGGGGGGGUGGAGAGAGAGGUGCCAGGCAGCAAGAAAUAGACGCAGGGAGUGCGAGAGAGAGGGGACGCGGGCGACAGCGGUGGAGGGGGGUGGAAGCGAGAGAGUGCGCGCAUGCCAGCUGGGAAUGUGCGGCGACACGCACGGACACUGACGCCCUUCAGGCCUCGUUCAGCCGUCCUCAAGGCCUCGCUGUGCACCCACCGACCGACUGCCCGCCAGCCCGCGUGCGCGAGCGCCAUCCGUCUGCCGUUGGCCCGCGGGACCCCCCCCCCCCCCACCUCGUGCCGCGAUGGAGUUGUGCUUCGUGGAGCCGAUCCUCAGCUGUUACAACAACCAAUACUUGGGCAGGAUGUCCGAAAGCCGCCACCACCACCACCACCCGCCCCACCACAACAACAGCAACAGCAGCAACAACAACCACAACAACAACCACCACCACCACCAUCACCACGCGAGCGGCGCCGACGGGCCUCUCUCGGCCUACAUCAAGACGGAGCCGUCAAGCCCCGGCUCCCUGGGCGACGCAGCGAGCCAGCCCAGCCCCGGCGAGCUCUCUGACGCCAGCAGCGGCAGCUACACGCGGCACGGCAGCGGCUCGCCGACGCCCGCCCACCUCCUGCAGGCUCCGGCCGCCCUCUACUCCCCACCGCCCGCACCUCCGACGCCGGCGACGCCCGGCCUGCGGAAGCCCGCCCGCUACGAGCCUGGCGGAGGCCUGGGGGGCGGGCCGGCCGCGGCGGCCGCGGCCGACGAGGGGCAGCCCAGCAAGUGCGAGUACAUGCUGAGCACGCUGCCCAAGCGCCUGUGCCUGGUGUGCGGCGACGUGGCCUCGGGCUACCACUACGGCGUGGCGUCGUGCGAGGCCUGCAAGGCGUUCUUCAAGCGCACCAUCCAGGGAAACAUCGAGUACAGCUGCCCAGCCUCCAACGAGUGCGAGAUCACCAAGCGGCGCCGCAAGUCGUGCCAGGCGUGCCGCUUCAUGAAGUGCCUCACCGUGGGCAUGCUCAAGGAAGGCGUCCGUCUGGACCGAGUGCGGGGCGGCCGGCAGAAGUACAAGCGCAGGAUCGACGCGGAGAACAGCCCGUUCCUCGGGCCCCAGCUGGACCAGCCUGCCAAGAAACCACUGAACAAGAUCAUCUCGCACCUGCUGGUGGCCGAGCCCGAGAAGAUGUUUGCGAUGCCUGACCCGGCCGUUCCCGAGGGAGAGGUGAAGGCCCUCACGACGCUGUGCGACCUCGCCGACCGCGAGCUCGUCGUCAUCAUCGGCUGGGCCAAGCACGUACCGGGCUUCUCGGUGCUCUCGCUGGGCGACCAGAUGUCGCUGCUGCAGAGCGCGUGGAUGGAGGUGCUGCUGCUGGGCGUCGUGUUCCGCUCGCUGCCGUGCGACGACGAGCUCGUGUGGGCUGACGACUACGUGAUGGACGAGGAGUCGUCGCGAGUCGCCGGCCUCCUCGACCUCAACUCCACCAUCCUGCAGCUCGUGCGCAAGUACAAGAGCCUGGCGCUCGACCGCGAGGAGUUCGUCACGCUCAAGGCCAUCGCGCUCGCCAACUCGGACUCGAUGCACAUAGAGGACGGCGGUGCGGUGCAGCGCCUGCAGGACGGCCUGCACGAGGCCCUGCAGGAGCACGGCGCGAGCCAGCACGCCGACGAGCCGCGCCGCGCCGGCAAGCUGCUCAUGACGCUGCCGCUCCUCCGGCAGACGGCCACGCGCGCCGUGCAGUUCUUCUACUCGGUCAAGCUGGAGGGGAAGGUGCCCAUGCACAAACUUUUCCUGGAGAUGCUCGAGGCCAAGAUCUGAAUGGGAUGGCGGCGUUUCCUUCACGAGCUGCCCGGCGCACGCAACCGCGACGAUGUUCGACCCCCCCCCCCCCCAGCCCCCAGCCCCCACCACACCGCCACCCACACCACGUCCCACCUCCCCACUCCCCCCCCCACCCACCACAAAACUGGAGCGAUGAGACGAGAACUUUUGUGGAGGCCGAGGCGGCCACCGUGCGGCGGCCGCUACCGCGGUGGUGACGAUGGUUGCGACGUUGUUGCCGGCAACGUGCCCGCUGUUUCCCUCUACGCCCGCACCCCUUGCCGAACACCCCCCCCCCCCCAUCGACCUUCCACCAUGUUUUGGGGAGAGAGGGGAGCACAGUCGGGUCAUGCAAGCCGCAGCUGGGAAAGCAAAUUGAUGUUGUCAGGCUAACAGCGAGAUGCUGCCAGCCGCCCCCACCCCCCGCUCUCCGGUGAUGGCGGUGGGAGGAGAGGAGCGUUGGGUCGGAGCGAGCCGGAACCUCGCCGCGGUCGGCGCUGGCGGCCGAGGGCAGCGGCCGCGAGGAGUUCGCGGGGAGAGCAUCGCCCCGGCCGACUUCCCGCGGCGUUCCCACCGCCACCCCAGCAAGCGUGGGUUGUCGCCAGCGCUCCUCGCUCGCUCCGCGUGGCGGGUACAUUUUAUUAAUUGGAAUGCGUCGUGGGGGUGGCGCUGGGUGGGUGAGGGGAGCAGGAGGAGGAGGGGUUAGUGGGGGGGUCCCCAAUUGGCGUGGUGAUCACGCGCGUGUCCGUAGCCCGAUUUUGGCUGCUUCCGCACGGUGUACACGGGGCCCGGCGGGGGCGGGCGGGGAGGAGGGGGGACCCCGAGGGGUCUUCGACUGGUCGCAAAAAAACUCUUACUCACAAAUGCAAUUCGUGUCGCCUAAUGUUCGUCUGAACGUCCGUGUUGAAGACGAAGGGGGGUGGGCGGGUAGCGUGGUCGUACGCUAGAGGUGGAGGGGUGAACCGUUUUCGUUCUCGCGGGGCCCCCCGAAUCGGACUCGGAUGCCACCAGCAGUGAGCCCCGCGCGGUUAACGUGCAGCAGUCUCCCCCCGGCGCUGUCCGGAAAGAACGCCGAGUGGAACCGCGAGCGCUCGGCCACCGACUUUCGUCGCCCGGGGUGAGUGGGAAGUUCUCGUGCUGCCGCGGGCUGUGCGAGUUAAGUGGUGGGGAGGGGGGGUGGAGGGGCUUGACGGGGGGGGUCGGUUCGUGGAGGGUGGCGGCACCGGGACGCGGGCCAAGGGGUCAUUGGUUUUGUCUUCCACUGCCCACGUCGCCGUGCGCACAGCAGCAACGGCGACAACCACGGCCGCCGGCGUUCGCUACGAAGUGGCGGUCGCCGCGGUGCUCGUGCCAGGCUGUGUGCAUUUUAGGUGAAGUGUCGGAACGCCCGCUGGCCGGAGAUCACAGGACGCAGCCAGGUGCCAUGCGACUAACUGAGAUUACUGGCGCCGCACGGCGUGACUAUCGUUACGUGAGCUGGGUGGGCCGUCUCGCCCCUGGGGGGGGAAGGUCGGGCUCCCGCACCUCCGACGGUUGGUUAGGUACGGCGCGGAAGGUGUUCGGCGUACAGCCUGCGGCUCUGCGGAGAGAUCCCCUCUGUGUAAUCAUUCUCGGGAGCAAUACAACGUGAGCUUUUUUCUCUUCCGCCUCCUCCUCCGGCGCUCCGACUAGAACUUUGAGACGCCUUCCCCCAAAAAGCGGCCGCCGUGAGGCUUUUUCUGACGUUCUGUUCGCAAAGCCCUACCCUGGAGCGUGCCAUCGGCGUCAAAUGUCGCUUCGCUCUCCGUUUUCGCCUCCCGUUCCGUCGUCUCCGUCUCUUGCAAAGAGUUGCGUGUCUCCCUAAUGCCCAAGUAGAAAGGGGGGGUUGGGGGGGGGGGGCGCACGCUGCGGCCCGUGCGGCGGGGUCCGUUGUCGUCCGUUGUUCUUCCGCGUCUGCGCUCCCCCCCGCCGCCUUUUGCCAAAAGCCGCAAUCGCCGGGGUGGUUUCAGUACGGUCAAAUAACCGGCACGGCGCGGGCACCCAUCCGCCCGCAAGUGCGCUCACCCGCAAGCCUGCAACACGCGCACACCGUUCCCUUGAACAUACUGACCUGUGCAUUCGUGAUGUGGCGUCGCUUAAAUUGCCCCGGCAACUCGAUGGCGCAUUAUAUCACGCCUCAUGCGAAACAUUCGAAGGGAACCCCACUGCCCCCCGCCCCCCGCCGCCUCCUCUCUCCAGCCCUUGCUGGAGCUCUGCUCCUCCUGGGCCCAGCUCUCCGCGUCCCUCGCUUGAGCGACGCACGCGGACAGCUCGGUCGUUGUGGCAGCAAAGGACCCAGGAGUUGCCGGCGGGGGGUAGAGGGGGGGAGGGGGUGUAGCGAAUGAGUGGCCGAGCGGCGGUGGCGGCCGUGCAGUGCUUAGCGCCCUGCGUUCUCAGCCAACCCCCGGCGACCCCCCGGAGUUUGAUUCCCGGCCACGGCGAUAUCCGAACCGGUCUUAGGCUCCGGCCCCCCCCUCUCCCCCGCACCGCACCCUCCUCCACCAAGCCGCACCGGUUCAGCGGGACGGUGAAGCGACGAUUAAGACAACCUCCCGCCGCCGAGCGGCGAGUUGACACAAAGGGCUGUAAUUAUUCGAAUACCUUAUUGCAACGGUGAUUUCGGGGCUUGACUCUUAGAGGGGCCUGCUCUUUACAGGCCGUCCCUCCCCCCACGAGAUAAAUUGGUCGGCUGAUUUUGCUCGCUGCUGUGAGCGCACGCGCGCAAGGGAAGGCGCUAAGCCCGAGCAGCAGUUUAGCGCAGCAGCGCUACGAGCCCGGCGACUCGAGUUCGAUUCCCGCUCAAGGCCGACACCAAUUGACGAUUUUAUCUGAACUCUGUUCUGGGCCUCCUCUAGGUCCACCCGGCCUCAAACGAGUAACUGGCGCGGUGUGUAAAAACAUCGCUGCCGGGGAGGCAAAGGCGGCCGGGCGUGGUGCUGGCCACCCAUCCCCCUCGUGUGCCGUGCCGGCCUUCGUAGGUGCUCGCGAACAGCACUUGCCCCAAAAGUGUGUCAAGGCUACGCGGGGGAUCUUUGUGUAACGUGAGGGGUCCCGUGGCGCGCGUCAAUCCCGGUGUCCUGGCAAUGAGUGCCACCACUUCCCGUCCUCCGUGCUUGAUGAGUAUGGUUGCCCGGCCAUGAAACACGCACUAUAAAUGUUCUAAGUGUUUUCGUUUUGUGUUUUUAGCAAUCGUUUAUAUAAUACUGAGCCAUGCAUAUAUAUAGAAAAAAAAACUAUGGCAUUCAAUAACUUGACUUCUCCAAAUAUGUAAAAUAACAAACAAAAAAUGUUAAAACAAGGAAAAGAUUUAAAACCAAACGGAAACCGGAAAAGGUGUGUUCGAGCGACAAAGGGAGUUUCUGUGUAAAAUGAAGUGUUAAUUAUAUCGACGCGCGCGUGCGCGUGUACGCGUGUGUAUACGCUCCUGCGAGCGCGUGUGUACUGCAUACACGCGCGUGUGCGCGCUGGUGUACGGAGCAGAACCGUGCGUCUGCCGGCACGCCUGCUCUCGCUUUUGUCCGCCGCUAGUGCUCACGGCGGCACGUCGUGACGUCUGGGCGCCGGUGCUGGCCGACCGAUCCCCGCCGUUGGCCCCCGAAACAAAACGGCCCCCCAGCGAAAAUUGAAAAAUGCCAGUGAGAGAGCGUUUUAAAAGAGGCCGGUCGGCAAAACCUCCGCGUCGUGGACGGCGGAGCUUUGCUCCAGUGUCCAGGAACCCCUCGGCGGGAAUGGCGCCCGCCGAGCGGAAAUAUUCCCGUUGGAACCAUGUGCUGCUGCACAGGGGCGGCUGCCACUGGGGGGGUGGUCGCCUUGGCCAGGCUACAGGAGGGCAUUGGAACGGUUGAGUUGAGGUGUGAUUGCGAGGCGCUUGCUGAGAGAGGCAUGUUUAAGCCGCCCCCCCCCCCCUCCUCCCCCGCAAGUUCAAAUCCUUGUAGUGGAUUCCGCCGCGAUGAUUCCAUCCGCCGUGCGAGCGAUCGGCGCUGUUGGCUAUGGGGGAGGGCCCGAUUCGGCUACAUACGUCGGCCUGUGGGCACGACCGGUUGUCGUCUCGGUUCCAAAGUAAUGCCCCGCGUAAAACCCGCGUCGAGAAACGGCGUCGGAGAUUACGCGUGUGGACGAUUAGACGUUUUCCUAUCGGCCCCGACUAAAACCCCCUCCGUGAGCGGCCGUACCCCGACCAGACCCAUCCUCUCCGCUCGUCCGCGAGCAUUCCCCUCUCCCGCGGCAGUCGCCGCCAUGACGCCGGAGAAUCCGUCGCGUUCGGAAAGGGCCCAGAGUGCUCGCUGCAACAAGUGUUUUUUUUUAUUUUUGCGUGGCUGGGCCCGAAUCCUCCCUGGGCAUUGAAGGAGAAUUUCGUUUUUUUUUUUUCUUCUGGCAGAAGUGGGCAGCGUCUCCACGAGAAGGUUAUCGUUUUAAAUGGCACUACUGUACAAAUGAAAAUAAAUAUAAUGAAUACGAGUAAUGUAA